GUGAGAAUACAGGAGACGGUGAGUUAGAUCUGAGCGGGAUCGACGACAGUGAAAUAGAUCGGUAUAUACUUAACGAAGCAGAAGCUCAGAUAAAAGCAGAGCUGUGGAUGAAAGAAAACGCAGAUUAUUUGAAGGAGCAAAAAGAAAAGGAAGCAAGAAUAGCAAAAGAGAAAGAGCUUGGGAUUUAUAAGGAACACAAGCCAAAGAAAUCUGCAAAGAAGCGGGAGCCAAUUCAAGCCAGCACAGCAGGAGAGGCAAUUGAAAAGAUGUUAGAACAGAAGAAAAUCUCAAGUAAAAUUAAUUAUAAUGUGCUAAGGGACCUGAACAGCAAAGGAAGUAACACACCAAAGAAAGAGGAUGACAGCACUGAUGACAGCACCAACACCAAGAAGCUGUCAAGAAGAAAAUCUAUUGCCAGUAGGAAUAUAGCCAACCCUGUAAACAGUGUGGGAAAAAG